UUUGCACUCAGGCGAUCACAGGGACCGCCUGUACACUUCCUGCCCGGGGUCCUUCGCAGCAACACCCUUCCAAGAUGGCAGCCAACAGCAGCAGCACGGGCAGCAAGUCGAGCAGCGGCUCAGGAGGGAAACCGUCCGGUCCUUCAGCGGAGCAGGUGGUGUCCACGUUUCAGAGGAUGCGUCAGGAACAACGUGGAAUGGCUUCUAAAGCUGCGGAGCUGGAGAUGGACAUCAACGAGCACAGCUUAGUGAUUGACACGCUGAGGGAAGUGGAUUCUUCAAGGAAAUGCUUUCGUCUGGUUGGAGGAGUGUUGGUGGAGAGAACAGUAAAGGAAGUUCUACCAGCCCUGGAAAACAACAAAGAACAGAUCUCCAAAAUAAUCGAGGGCAUCAACACAAAAAUGCAGUCGAAAGGACGGGAACUCACAGAGUACAGGGAACGCUACAACAUCCGGCUGGUGGGCGAGGGUGAAGGAGAGGGGCAGGGCCAGACGGGGGCGUCUUCCGGGGACAGCGAAGGAGGCGGUUCCAAAAGCGGCGCUGGCGUUCUAGUGUCGUAGUUUCUAAUGGAAUUGGGAGACAAUAGGGCCUUAUGAUUUCUGCAGUACUGAAAACAUAGUUAGUCACAAAUUCUAGGUGGGAAAUCUGAACUCUUUACAGGAAAACAGUGGAUUUGAAGAUUACUGAAACUCCUGCUAAACACGGUGCACUUGGUUUGGUAAUUUAGCGACAGACACAAAUUCAAAGUGUACAUUGUGCUUUUCUUAUGCAUGUUCAGCGUGAAUGCUAGUGUGUGUAACAAAUUCAAGUUGUGUGUCAUUUGCCAUUUAUUAAAGCAGAUUUAGCAUUUUCUGAAGUUAAGACUUUUGAUUAGGAACUUUAAGGCUGGUUUCAUUUGGCCCUUAAGGAGGUAGACGUCACCCUUGUUAUGGCAGAACAGGUCCCAGAAUGCAACACGACCUGCGAGCGUGAACAAGAGUUAUACUGUAAACAAUGAAUCUUUAGGCUCUGUUCAACCUUUGUGACUUUUUGUUGUGCUCCACCCUGAAGUUGUCUCAACACAAAGGUGAUGCAUUGAAAGGCUGCUGGUUUGUGUCCAUAAUGCUGAUGUGAGGUCGGGGGUGUGACCUGCUGGGACACACUGUUACUAUAAAGCCCUGUCAUUAAAAGUACAAUAAAACUUGUUUUGUUCUUCUGACCUGUAGCACAUGCUUGAGCCUGGAAGGGUUCAGCCUCCUCGAACCUGGUGGCUGCUGUCGACUCUGUUCAUUUAGUUGUAAGGACAGAAAUGUUUGUUUAUGAUCAUGAAUUAAAAAAUUCACAAAUGUGCUCUGUUGUGUCCGAAAUACUUGUUCAAAUAAAACUACUGUUUACACCAUA